AUGAUUCACUCGAUUCUGAUCUUCAACAACGACGGGCAACCCCGGCUCGUGCGGUUCUACUCGCCGCUCCCGGUGCACCACCAGCAGCUGUUACUCACACAGGUGCAUCAGCUAGUAAGACAGCGGACAGAGCAGCAGUCUUCGUUCCUCACAAUCCCGCCGCUUCUCCAGCAGACCUACUCGACCGACUCGAAGGACAUUCGCAUCAUCUACAGACACUACGCCACGCUCUACUUUGUCUUCAUCGUCGACCAGAACGAGAGCGAGUUGGGUAUCUUGGACCUCAUCCAAGUCUUUGUUCAGGUGUUGAACCGGUGCUUCAAAGACGUGUGCGAGCUCGACUUAGUCUUUCAUUGGCAGGUGCUGCAGAUAGCGCUUGAGGAGAUGAUCCAGGGCGGAAUGGUGAUCGACACCAACAUCACCAAGAUCAUCACGGCAAUUGACGCGAUGAACAACGAGGACUCCUUAGGCAUCGCUGGCUCCUUGGCAGCCACGUCGUCCUCGUCGACGCCGAGUCCCCGGGUGCGGUCCUCCUUCUUCAGCAGGUGGCCGAUCACUUGA